AUGAACUCUACCGAUCCUCGAAUUAUUGCCAUUGCGGGCCUACCACCGUCAGACAUCGACCUCGACGCCAACACUGCCGCCUCGGAUAGAGCGGCCAUUAUCACAGUACUUAUCCUAGCUUUACUGGCUGUCUCACUACGAUUUACCGCAAGAACCAUCCAACGAACCAAGAUACAUCGGGAUGACUGGGUUAUUAUUGUGUCGAUGGUGUUGGUCACAGGGACUGCUGGCCUAGCCAUUGCCGGUGGCUUUUAUGGAGCUGGGAAACAUAUUUGGGCAGUUGAGAUGGAGGACCUGGAACAAAUCUACAAAAUCCUGUUCGGUCGAAUAUUUCCUACAGCAGAACCUUUCUUCCAGAUCUCAACAAUGUUCGGCUAUUUUCUGUCCAUCUCAUAUCCAAUUGUCGUUUGGGUUACGAUGGGCAACGUAUGCAGGCCAAUCGAACACUUUUGGACACAGUUCCGUGGUACAGAGGGGACAUGCAUCGACAUUAACAAAUUCUUUCUAGCCCUCGGGAUUGUCAAUAUGGUGAAUGACUUCUAUAUCUUGCUCAUACCUAUUCCGCAAAUAUUCCAGCUACAGAUGUCUAUGAGAAAGAGAUUGGGCAUUACUGGCAUCAUGAUGCUGGGUGGCUUUGUGUGUGCUGCUAGCGUCGUACGCAUCCACUUCUUGAACGAGCUCACCAAAACGGUAGAUUUGACGAGAGCCAUGGGACCUGUGUUUAUUUGGUCUGAUCUCGAGCCGUGCAUUGCCAUUGUGUCGGCAUGCCUCCCGCACCUUGCACCUCUACGACAUGUCAUUCGCGAUAGAAUAUCUUCUACAUUUGGGAGUCAAAGAGAGAGUGGUACUGCUAAUAGCGCCAACAAUCUGGGAGGUAGAGGGCCGAGUUCCAAAGGUCCCAUGUUUACUUACGGUGGAUCAAGGUAUUUUGGUCGUGGAGACAAAUUAAAGCUUGGAGACAAUGACGAUGAGGUUGAGUUGACAGGACUUGGGACAGCUGUGUCCAAAACCUGCAGACAAACGUCAUCAAUGCCCAGCUCUGCGGAAGAUAUUAGGUAG